ACAAGUUUUAACAACAGUGGAGCAGCCCCAUCAGUGGACUGUUGCUCCACAGCACGGUCAUAAAAACACGAACAGACAGCAACCCCCAGAAUUUUAGACACCCGACUGACCUAUUUAAGGAUUUUAAAGAUAAAAACAUGUCAACGACGGGACACCCUGACCGUUCAGAACGUGGAAGCCUCUCCCACUCAGUGAGCCAAUAUGGAUCCACAGAAAGCAGCGGUGAGCAUGACGGUCCCGUUACCAACCACUACGACAACCAUAGCAACCAUAAUUUUCCCACUGGAACGGCUGAACAUUGGGUCGGCGGCGACCAAGGGGAGGAGGCCAUUCGCAGGAAAUUGAAGUACUUCUUCAUGAGUCCCUGUGAUAAAUACCACGCCAAGGGCCGCAAGCCUUACAAGCUGGUCCUGCAGCUACUCAAGAUCAUCAUUGUCACUGCUCAGUUGGUGCUGUUUGGCCUCAGUAACCAGGUGGUGGUGACCUUCAAGGAGGAGAACACCAUGACCUUUAAGUACCUCUUUCUCAAAGACUUUGAUGAGUCCUCAGACAGCUCUUUUGCUGUGUACACACAACAAGACGUCUAUGAGCACAUCUUUUACGCUAUCGAGCAGUAUCUGGCUCUACCAGAGACCACAGUGGGCCGCUAUGCGUACGUCUACGGCAUUGGUGUGAAUGGCAGCGCUCUGUCACUCUGCCAGCAGUAUUACAAGAGGGGCCGCAUCGAUCCAGCCAACGACACCUUCAGUAUCGACCCGCACGUCAUCACAGACUGUGUAGGAGUGAACCCUCAGACGGUCCCCACCGCCCCACUGACAAACUCUUACAAGAACUUUACACUCAAGUUCCACAAGUUCAUCAAUGUCACAAUAGAGUUUCAGCUCAAGGCCAUCAAUGUGCAGACUAUUAUCAACAAUGAAAUCCCAGACUGCUACACGUUUUACAUAAAGAUCGUGCUGGAUAACAAGGCUCACAGCGGCAAAGUGAAAAUACGACUGGAGAACCAGGCCUCCAUAAAGGAGUGCAAAGACCCCAGUGUCUCCGGGCAGGCUGAGAAUUAUACACGAGUCGCGUUCGAUGUCGCCGUGGCUGUCGUGUGCACGCUGUCAUUGCUGCUGUGUGGUCGCUCCAUCUUGCGAGGCAUCAUUCUGCAAAGGGAGUUUGUACAGUUCUUUAAGGACAAUCUGGAUCGCAAAGUAUGCUGGGCUGACCGUAUGGAGUUUAUCAACGGGUGGUACAUCCUCCUUAUUGUCAGUGACAUCCUCACCAUCAUUGGAAGUGUCAUCAAAAUUGGCAUUGAAUCAAAGAAUAUGUCCUCCUAUGAUUUAUGUGGUAUCCUGUUAGGAACGUCCACCCUCCUCGUUUGGGUGGGAGUCAUUCGCUACCUCACCUUCUUUCAGAAGUACAACAUCCUGAUCGUGACUCUUCGAGCAGCCUUUCCUAAUGUUAUUCGCUUCUGUUGCUGCGUUGCCGUCAUCUAUCUGGGCUACUGCUUCUGUGGCUGGAUUGUCCUGGGGCCAUAUCAUGUCAAGUUCCGCUCCCUGUCCAUGGUGUCGGAAUGCCUCUUCUCCCUCAUCAACGGCGACGACAUGUUUGUGACCUUCUCGGGAAUGCAGGAGAGCAGCACGCUGGUGUGGCUUUUCAGCCAGGUGUACCUGUACACCUUCAUCUCCCUCUUUAUUUACAUGGUGCUGUCGCUCUUCAUCGCCCUCAUCACAGGAGCAUAUGAGGCUAUCAAGCACCAAACCCAGGAGCCCAUCCACAUUACAGACCUACAUGCCUUCAUAGCAGAGUGCACAGACGCACCAAGUUCUGGAAAGUUCCGGGGCUUGGAGACAUCACCAUGCUCCUUUUUCUGCUGCUGUGACAGAACCACAACAUACGAGGAUGUCCUUCUGGUCAACUAAUGUAGACCAUAAAGUUUUUCAAGCACCCCCCCAGCUGGCCACAGAGAUGCACCGCACAUCGUCUGCGCCCUGCCCCGCUUUUUUUCCAGCACUUGACUGAAAGAGUCGUCCAUCAGUUGGCCCAGCAUUCCGAUAAAGGAAUGUGUAAGUCUUUUAUAUUCCCUGCAGCCGACUCAUCAGGAAGUACUCAGGAAAACCAGAAACGGCUUUGUGGGUGACUUUUAGCACGUAUAUUUUUGUCACGGGCCAUUUUUGGUCCGGUUUAGUGUUUUAUGAUUUAGAUCCACAGAGGAUGUAUGUUUUCGCCUGCUGGUCAGUUCAUCCCGUUGGCAAAAUAAGACAAACCCAGUAAGCCAAUUCACAACAACAUUGGAACUGAUAUACUGUUGUGUUUUGUUUUGUUUUUUUGCUGUGGCCUCAGUGUGGAUCACCUCUUUACACAGGGUAUCUGUUAAGUCUUCCAACUUUUUUUUUUUUUUUUGGAUGACGCACAACUCAAAAUUAGCACCAGCUAUACAUCCAUGAUGGUGCUGAUGGACUGAUUUUCUACUUUUUUGUGAUUUCAAAUUGUGUCAAAAAAGUAGAUAACACAUCACACGGUGUCUUCACAAUACAUGCACAGUGUGCAACAUUGUACAACAAUGCUACAUUUUCAGCUUAUGAUGUUUAAAAGUGCCUCUCCUGCUGCAGUUAUGCUGCAAAAGCAUACUAGUGGUCCAUCCGCUUGCCGUGUUCGAUUAGAUUGCACAAUCUAUGUACUGCUCAGUGUAAUGGGAUGCACUCACAUCCUCAUGAAGAACUCGCUCUUGGUCAUUAUUACACAAAAUGGAGGAUGAGUCUGCACGAACUACCUAUCUCUCUAUAAUGUGGCUACAUUGUCCACAUUUGGAAAUUUGAUUUGGGAGUUUUUUAGAUUUUUAGUCAAAAUUGGAUCAACGUCCAAAACAUGUAUGUGGCCGUGCUGUAAUAGUUCAUCUUCUCUUUCUCUUCAUUUUUGUCUUUAUGCUUAUUUAACGCACAAUUGUUGUAGGGUUUUUUUUUUUAUUAUUUUCAAACACCUUCAUUCAUUUGUAUUUAACAAGCCAGAAAUAACAUGUUGGCCCUUGUAUAUGGCUAUAGACGGCGAAACCUUUGCCUUAAAUGAUAUGUUAUAUCAUAUACAUAUGUUUUGUUGGCCACACAGUCAGGAGAUCAAGAAGACCUGGGUUCGAAUCUCAAUUUGGGCAUCUACAGAGUUUGUGUGGGAUUUCUCCGAGUACUCUGGUUUCCUCCCACAUUCCAAAAACAUGCUAGGUUAAUUAGCGACUCCAAAUUGUCCAUAGGUAUGAAUAUGAGUGUGAAUGGUUGUUUGACUAUAUGUGCCCUGUGAUUGGCUGGCAACCAGUCCAGGGUGUACCGUGCCUCCCGCCCUAGGCAGCUGGGAUAGGCUCCAGCAUAGGCAUGACCCCAUUGAGGACAGGUGGCAUAGAAAAUGGAUGGACUAUAUACAUAAUGUGUAUUCAGAUCUUAUAGGUGCCUUACACAAUGCAUAAAUAUUACAAAUAUUCUGCACUUGGUCAGUACUUGACAAAAUGUACAAUAAGAGAAAACAUUUUAGUUAUUGUACGAAAUCUACUCUAUUAAAGUGUCCUGGAUCAUCUCUGAUGUCAUAUCAACUUGUUAUCAUAACCAGCGGCGCAAAGUGAUGUCAAAUUUUCCAUAGUGAUGUGCUUGCAGUACCUCCAUAGUGCCGAAAGAGGGCGUGAAGGAAUUAUGUCUCUAAUAGUGUACCAUUCAUUUUUAGAAAUCUGUGAAGAAUGAAAUGUUUAGUAGGGAUGUGUGAGACUCCAAAUGUAGGUAUCGAUCCAACAUCAAGUAAAUAUAUGGCCAGUAUUGCUGAUACGAUACAUUUUUCAAGAUCAGGAUUUUCCAAAAAACACAUAUUGUGAUAUUGGUGAAAAGAAAUAUGGAUGUGAACUGAAGAGUAUCAGCCUCAUUCUGCUGGUAUUAAUCUGAUACUGAUACUACCAUUAGUUUUGAUACUAUUGAUGUUUGGAUUGAGUUGCCCAUAAUGCACGGGUGUCCAAAAGAUUGCAGACCACGGCUGUUUUUAUAUUUGCCUGUGCCACAGUGUAAAAUUAUAAUUUUAAUGGAAAACUAAAAAAAAACCAUAAAAGUUGGAAAAACUUUAAUAAGAAAACGCCAUAACGAGAUUAAUGUAACGUGAGGAAAAAAAAAAAUUUUUUCAAAAUUUUAAACAUUAUGACAAACAGAGACAAAAUUCUUAGCGAGAAUAAUGUAACGUGAGGACAAAUAAGGUCAUUUUAGUCGCAUAAAGUCAACAUAUUAAAGAGAACAUGUUAUUUUUUUUCAAAAUUUUAAACAUUAUGACAAACCGAGACAAAAAGUUGUAAUGUUUUUCAAAACAAUCAGAAUAAUAUGGGCCUAAAGUCAUAGUUGUGACAAGAAAUAAAAACAAAACAGUCAAAUAUUAAAAAAGAAAAAUAGUCAUAUUCAAACCAGAAAAAAUUAAACUUGUAAAAUUAUACAGAAAAAUUUUGUCAUUUUACUAACACAGAUUUUAAAUAUUAAAGAACAAAUGUUAUUUUUCUACGUGAAACAAAAAAAUAAAGGUGUAAUUUUUUCAUAUUAUGGGAAUAAAGUGAAAUAUCACAAUAAGAAAAUUUACUCCGAUUUUUAGAAAAAAGUACAAUUACAAAGUUUUUAAAAUGUAUGCAAAAAUGUGAAAACAGAGUAAAGAGUGUUAUAUGGAUAACACGUGUCUUCACCUCACUGGAAAAAGUUUGGACACCCCUGCCCUUAUGCUUUGUUUGCAAACUAUGUGUCGGUCAGAACAGCCGUGCAUGCUUGUGUUGCAAACUCACAGAUUGUUCAGAGUGUGAUGAUGUCAUUUCCUGGUGAGAUACCAGGCGCUGUGUUUCAGAUAAUAUGGUGCAUGCUUGCUAUCCAGCCACUUAAUGUAAUAUCAUCAUGCAUUAUGCAGCUUCUUGCUUCCUGUCUGGGCUACAGAUCAUUUUGGUAUGUGCUUUAUCAGAGUAGAUGAUUGCUUUUAGUGUCUAUUUUCUUGACUCGACUACCUCUGCUACGUAAGGGCUGUGUGUUGAUGGUGCUUUGAUGUGAACAUUACUCCAUCUUCUCUGUUGUUGGACUUGAACACACCCUUUUUUCUGUUUCAUGUUCUCCACAGUGAGUCACUGCUUCAACGGGCAGUCGGAAACAUACAGUAUUUAUAGUUUGGAGUUUUUUUUUUUAACCUUUUAGGUCAUCAGUUCCUUUGAAUUGUUGGGAGUUUUAAUACAUGUCGGGAUGAGACACACCCUGCAGCAUUACAAAUGGACUAUGGCAGCACAAUAUGACAUGUUGUUCAUUCAUUCAUUCAUUUUCUACCGCUUUUCCUCACGAGGGUCGCGGGGGUGCUGGAGCCUAUCCCAGCUGUCUUCGGGCGAGAGGCGGGGUACACCCUGGACUGGUCGCCAGCCAAUCACAGGGCACAUAUAGACAAACAACCAUUCACACUCACAUGGACAAUUUGGAGUCACCAAUUAACCUAGCAUGUUUUUGGAAUGUGGGAGGAAACCGGAGUACCCCGAGAAAACCCACGCAUGCACGGGGAGAACAUGCAAACUCCACACAGAGAUGGCCGAGGGUGGUAUGACAUGUUGUAUGAUUUGGAAAUAAACAGUCAAGAUCAGGCCGCGGACAACUGUUUCAAACCAUUCCAACAUUCAGCGACACCGACAAUUUUCCACAUUCCACAAAUUCCCAUGUUUCGGUUUUCUUAGAAUUCCAACCAUUGAUUUGUGCUUCCUGUCAAAACGGUCCGUUUUAAUUUUCCACCUCCAGGCAUGCCCUCUCCACUGGGAUUGGUCACACACCCCAAAGUGCUUUCUAACUAUGAACCAUAUAAGGAAAUCCACCCCUCUGUGACAUCACAAAGGAACAGUUUUACCACGCCUCUUGAAACCGAGCAUUUUGAGCCAUCCCGAACUUCUUCCAGGGCUCUCUUCCAAAUGCGCUAACCACAUUAUCUGAAACUUUAGCAUUGUUUUACAAUGAAGAGAAGAAUACAACAUUCAAACAACAUUUAUAGGUCAGAAAAUUGGAAAAAGCAUAAUAGAUCCCUUUUUAAAAACAAAACACUGUGUACAAAAAGAAAGUGGAACAUUUUACCAAUAAAUAUUGAGUGGCCUUAAGGGAGAUUUUAUGGGUUUUCCCCCCUGAUCCUGGCAUCCAGGCCACUGUCAAGUGGAAAAGCUGAGAAGAAGAAGAAGAAAGUGCCAGAGAAAGCUACACACACACAUACACACACACACACACACACACAUACACACUUUCACAUAUGAGCCCAUUGUCUUUUUUUUCUCACUCUACCUCAGAGUUUGACAAAAAGAACAUAACAGUCUUAUCCCAUUCAAUCCUUUUCUCCCAGUGUGCCGUAGUGCUCUUUGUGUGCAUGUGCCCAUUCAUUGAUGUCUAUUGUGGAGGCAGCAGCUGCAGCUUCAGGGCCGACACAAGGCAUUCACACACAGCCAUUGUGGCCCUUGUACCAUAGGGAAGUGGACUCUUCUACCACUCUGUGUUUGUAUCUUCAUAAGUCGGAAACAUUAUAGUCAUUAUUUUUGUUUAUUCCCUCUUCUAUUGUGUUUGUACUGAUUCGUAAUACAUUAAGUGUGUCCAAAGUGCAGCAAGGGGGGCAUUUAUGGGCUGUGACGCAUUGUAUAAUUAAAUUUAAACCCCACAAAAACGGCAGAAAUGUUGAUACUAAUGACACAAUACACACUAUAUCAGGGGUCUCAAACUCAAUUUACUUGGGUGCCACUGGAGCUAGAGUCU